CCUAAUCAUACAGACCUGAGCAUGGGACCCAAACCUGGGGGUCCACCGGGGGCAGGACCCGGAGCACCGAAGCAGCCUCAGGGACCUGGUCAGGGUCAAGCUGCACGGAAGAACCUCCAGGUGGACGUGGGGAGCAACAAAGGUGGACACCCCGUCUCGCCCGGAAGCAGCGCUCCCACCUCGCCCUAUUCUUUGCCCCAGAUCGCACCCAUGCCCAGCAGCAAGCUCUGUCCGGUGUGCAAGACCGCAGAUCUGACGGGAACCACAGAUGGCCAGCCAAACUACAAUACAUGCACACAGUGCCGCUCCAUGGUGUGCAACCAAUGCGGGUUCAACCCUAACCCUCACCUCACUGAGGUGCAGGAGUGGUUGUGUCUGAACUGUCAAAUGCAGAGGGCACUGGGGAUGGAUAUGGAGACACCACGGUCGAAAAGCCAACAGCAGAUCCACUCACCGUCCCAGCCCAGCAAACCUCCUCCCCAGACUGUAUCCCAACCCACACUGCCCCCACAGACCCAGCCCCAACCCCAACCUCAACCUCAACCUCAACCUCAGUCCCAGCCUCAGUCCCAGCCUCCCCCAGAAGCUAAGAAGCAGACCAUCCCUCAAGCUGCCCCUCAAAGCAAACCCCCAGCUCCAGGUGCUAUUCCUCUUCCAGGCAUGGCCAAAGCCCCAUCCCAGCCUGACCUAUCCCGCUCGGGCCCUGGAUUCCCAUCUCAAGGACCGCGACAAGACCAGACUCGCAGCGCUGGAAGUUCCCCAUCCCGUCAACCUCCUCCACCAGAACAGCCCUUCGGAAAACUCUUCGGUUUUGGAGCUUCUCUCUUGAACCAGGCCAGCAGUUUGAUCUCUGUUGAUCCGGUGCAAACUGCGCCACCGGUCCAACCACCUUCCUCCCCCAAGCCCCCGCUAAAACAGCCGGGACCCCCUGGACCUGGUCCAGGUCCUGCAGCGGGUGCUAAACCCACAGCACAGCCAGGUCCACCACGACAGGAAGUUUCUUCAAAGCCCAAAGUGUGCUGUCCACUGUGUAAGACUGAGCUAAACAUUGGAGAUCCAGCCAAGAGCCCAAACUACAACCUCUGCACCGAGUGCCACACCCAAGUUUGCAACAUGUGCGGAUUCAACCCCACACCUCACCUGACCGAGAAGAAAGAAUGGCUGUGUUUGACAUGCCAGACCCAGAGAGCAAUGUCAGGGAGCUUAGGGGACAUUCCUCCUCCUGUGCCAUCAUCCGUUGGAUCUCCACGACUACUAGGCCCAGCCAAUCAACAACAGCAGCGAGGGCCUAGUCAACAAGCUACGCUGAGACCUACCGGCCCUCAGCAGCAAAAGCCACCUGGUGCCCAAGAUUCCAACAAGUCCAGCACACAGAGUCUGAGUGAUACAGGCUACUCCUCUGAUGGUAUAUCCAGCUCCCAGAGUGAGAUUACUGGCUUGAUCCAAGAGGACUCUAUGAAGCUCAGUGAGAGGGGGAUUUCUGACCAACGCAGCCCCCCAAGCCCAUCUGAACUAACAAAACUGGAAAGCUCAAUGCGACCUCUGUUGGAGUCACAUACAGCCACUGACCAAGGACAGCAUCGUGAUGGAAGAAACACAGCAGAACAGCAGAGACCUCGAUCUCUGUCUAUAACACAAGAUCAGGAAUAUGAGUCUGAUGAGGAAGCAUCAGAUGAUCUCAGUUGUAAAUUAAGACAUGAUUAUGUGGAAGACAGUAGUGAAAGUGGCCUUUCUCCAUUACCACCCCGACAGAAGAAAUCACAGAAAAACCUGACUGAUGAGGAGUUCAUGAGGAGACAGAUUCUGGAAAUGAGUGCAGAUGAGGAAGACACAGCAGAUGUUGAGGGCCACGUGAAGACAAAAAGGAGCCAUAAACAUAGUGGAGAUCUAGGAAAAGAGAGACGUCGCCUGACACAGCAAUCUAGCAGUUUUGAAGAAGACACUAAAAGCACUGAUAGCUACAAAUCUGGUGAAGCGGAUGACAUGAUGGCCUCACAAGGUGGUCUGAGACGAUUUAAAACUAUUGAACUGAAUAAUACAAAUAGCUAUAAUCGUGAUAUGGAACUCAGCACAGAUCAUGACCUCAGGGAGCCUGAGCUUGAGAUGGAAAGCCUUACUGGGUCACCUGAAGAAAGGUCAAGGGGAGAAUACUCAUCAACCCUCCCUGCAACCACACCAAGCUAUACCUCUGGAACUUCUCCAACCUCUGUGUCAUCAAUGGAAGAUGAUAGUGAUAGCAGUCCUAGCAGACGACAAAGGCUUGAGGAAGCAAAGCAACAAAGAAAAGCAAGGCAUCGAUCCCAUGGUCCAUUAUUGCCCACCAUUGAGGACUCCUCAGAAGAAGACGAGUUGCGAGAAGAGGAGGAACUUCUGAGAGAGCAGGAGAAGAUGAGAGACUUAGAGCAGCAAAGGAUUCGCAGUACAGCCAGAAAAACUAAAAGGGACAAAGAGGAACUGAGGGCACAGAGACGCAGAGAGAGAUCAAAGACACCUCCUAGUAACCUUUCACCCAUUGAAGAUGCAUCACCAACAGAGGAACUCAGACAAGCUGCUGAAAUGGAAGAACUACAUAGAUCAUCCUGCUCAGAAUACUCUCCCUCCAUGGAUUCAGAAGCUGAAGGAUUUGAAAUGGGUUCAAAGCUGUACAAGUCUGGCAGUGAAUAUAAUCUACCUACAUUUAUGUCUUUGUACUCUCCAACAGAAAAAACUUCUGCUGUCUCUCCAUCUGCGGCAGAGAAAUCAUUAAAAAGUGCUGAAGAGGUUUAUGAGGAAAUGAUGCGAAAAGCAGAGAUGAUGCAAAAGCAGCAACGUGCACCAGCAAGACAAGGACAACAAAACCAGGAAAGGCUCCUUCAGACAGACAAGAAACAUCAUCUGGAUUCUGGAACUAAUUCUUUGAGUCCAGGUACAAGUCCUACCCAGAUCUCAGCUCCAGUUUCAUUCUCUGGAAAUGAUCCUUCAGGAAGAGGAACACAAAGAGUGCAUGCUACACAACAAAGUCAAGUUAGAAUGAGCAACCAAACCUCCAAAGGAAGCCAUGUUACUGGCUCCCCACAGUCUCAAGUUAGGCAGCCUGCUCCUACACAGCCUCAAGGAAGACCUGGUGUUCAGGGGAAAGUACAGGGUCAAGUGCCGGAUCCUGGAGCCCCCUCCUUAACAUCAAAGAUGUUCUCAUAUCUUAAAGGCUCAAGUCCUUCCACAUCCCCUUCUACUUCUCCCACACAAAGUCCAACACGUGCCCCUGCACCUUGUACAACUUCUACAGUGGCACCUACUCAGACCUCUCAGCUCCCUCAUAGAGCUGGGGCACCACGUCUUUCAAGACAGCAGUCCUCCCAAGAUUCCCCUGUUAUGGUGAUUACAUUGGGAUCAGGAACUAGCAGUCAAACCAAACCAGUGACAGUGAAUUCCUCCACCUCACCUUUAUCCUCACCAACAAAAGACAGCCAACAGGCAAUUUAUCAGACUCAACAUGCAACAACAAAUUCACCCACAUCACCAAAGAACUAUCCGCCUCACCCAUCACCUCAACAUAGCUUGCAAAGGACACAGAUAUCAGAAAGAGUUAGCAUGGCUGUGAGCACUGCCACCUCUGCUGGUUCCCAAAGUAGUGGAUCUCUUUCAGUGGGAAAUAUAUCCUUGUGUAGAAUCUCCACAGUACCUGGUACCUCAAGAGUUGUAGAGCAAAGCACAGUUGGUCCAGGUAGUAAUAUAGUGGAUCUGAGAGCACCAAUGAAGCCUGCCCCAAUUAUCAUGACAGACCAUGGUAUGGACUUAACAUCUCUAGCUUCUGAUACACGUCGAUAUUCACUUGAUGCAGAAACACCACCAAGCCGUCAUACUGCUGUACAACCUCUUAUCAUGAAUCUAAAUGCACAGGCACUACCCCAGGUGUCAACAACUACACCAACAACUGUAAGUGUGACUGUGGCGGCAUCCAUGUUUAUAUCACAGCCAAAACAACCAGUCGUUUAUGGAGAUCCUUUACAAAAUAGAGUUGACUUUGGCCAAGGAGUUGGAUCUGCAGUCUGUCUGACCCAGACCAGGCCAAUUAUCACGGAUCCAUCCAUUCCAAAAAUUGAUGCUUGUCUGGAAAAUUUAGGCAUUCAACAGCAGCAACUUCAGAAGCAGCAACAGAAGCUUCAGCAGCAACAAGAGCUCCUUGAGCAACAGCUCCAGCAGCAUCAACAAAAUGCAUCUUUUGCUCGGUACAACUUAGCUAAUCAAGUUCAGCCAAUAUUGUUGAAGAAGGACUUGGUGGUAAGCCAGAACACUGGUGGAGGGACCCAAACAGUAGUUAGCUCUGUUCCCAAGAUAUCUCCUCUACCUCCACCACCAUUAUCAUGCUCUGCGUCUACAACCCCUACACUUGGUCAUGACAUAUAUGGUGGGGUGGCUUUGGAACUAAAGAAUAAGACUGCUGUAAUGAAUCUCUCCACAGGGAAGCCACAGGUAAUGAUGGUGCACUUGGAUGAGAAUAGCACUCAAGGAGGUGCAGUGACCCAGCUUGUUAAAAGAGAGGAGCCGUCUCCACCAGUAGAAGUUCUAGAUUUUACUGGACAGAUUAAACCAGAGAAUCAGUUAGCGUGCUGUGACGUUGUAUACAAUUUGCCAUUUGCAAGUAGUUGCACAGCUCCUUUUGCUCAGAGAGAUAAAACAGCACUAUCAGAUCCUUCUGCUGAGUCAUCCUUAGCUCCUGGGCAGCAAAGCCAGCCUGGAAAAGAUGUUUACCAAACAGUAAACAUACAAGCAUCUGCUGAUGAACGCAAAUCUUUUACCAUGCCUCCUCCAGGACGACUUCCACCAUCAAUGUCAGACAAUAAUUUAGCAGAUUCAAGUAUCCAAUAUCAUCAGAGGACUGACCCUGGGGACCUAGCAGUGGAUUUAAGCACUAUGAAGCAGGCCUAUGAGGCAGGAUACCUUGGAAUGGGUACUCAGUAUGGAUCUUACACAGAUCUACGUCAUCAAGGAGGUGAUUCGGCUCCACCAUUACCUUUGCGAAGAUAUGGCUCAUUGUCCAAUAUAAAUGCAGAAAAUAGUUAUCUUUCACGUGAUCUUGGUGGUUUUCAAGAAUCCAAUCUUGCACAGUAUAGUGCCACUACAGCCAGAGAGAUUAGCAGAAUGUGUGCUGCUCUUAACUCAAUGGAGCAGUUUGGUAGCCGCUAUACCAGUAAUCCUGAGCUUCUGCAAUAUAGUGCUGGAAGAGCAGGCCCUGCAGGAAGACUUAAUCUUCAACAGGGCCUAGCAUCUAUUAGAUCCAAUUUCUUGUAUGGUCCUGAUGGCAGACCAAUAGUACAUGGUCAGACACUUACAAAUUUAAUCAAUGCUAGACAAGCUAGCCUAAGGUCUUUGUAUCCCCCUGCUGUAAGGACAGCUGAUGGCAUGAUAUAUUCUACUAUCAACACCCCAAUAGCCUCCACCCUGCCAAUCACCACCCAGCCUGCCCCUGUUCUCAAUCCCAUGUUAAGAGGAGUAUAUGGAUCUUAUUCUACAGCCAGUGUAACUGCUGUACCUCUGGCUAGCCUCACCAGGUUGCCUCAAGUCACCCCAAGAAUGCCUCUUAAUGCCCAAGGACCUUACAGAUAUCCUCCUCCAAAUCGAUUUUCACUAACAGCUCCAGAUACUUUAUCAGGAAGUGUUCCACAUUCUAGUACAUCGGAGGAAGCUCCAGUUUAUCUGGGAAAGCCUACAGCACCUGGCACUAUGUCAACAACUGCAUCACCUAAAACUGGUCAACAUAUUUCAAAUUUGGGUCUGCAAGGUGUACAACCAGCUCAUACUAGAACAGAGCCAGUUCAAUCAAUUGGAAAUGAACAGGCUCCCUUGUCUCAAAUUUCAGUAGAAGGUACUACAACACAACUCCCAAUACUGCCCCAAACUCAACCACAGUCAUUCAUCAAAAGUCAGGAACAAACUCAAACCCAGCCACAGACAGAACCUCAAAAACUGACAGUGCCACAAAAACAGUCCCAGGCAAUUACUAGAGUUUUUCCAGAUGCAACUGGCAGUACCACUAUAACCACAUCUGCUAAUAAUGAGAGGGAAAAAGAAGAGGAACGAUUGCGACUACAACAGGAGCAGCUCUUGCAGCUAGAGCGAGAACGUGUUGAGUUAGAGAAAUUGCGUCAGCUACGUUUACAAGAGGAGUUGGAGAGGGACCGCAUGGAACUCCAAAGGCACCGAGAGAAAGAACAUCUGCUCAUGCAGCGGGAGAUACAAGAGCUACAGACAAUCAAGCAGCAGGUUAUUCAACAGCAACAAGCUGAAAGGGAAACCCAGCUUGUGAUGCAAAGAGAGCAGUUGGCACAGCAAAGGAUGCAGCUAGACCAAAUUCAGUCCCUACAACAGCAACUCCAGCAGCAGCUUGAAGACCAAAAGAGGCAGAAAAAAGCAGCCAUUGAAGUAGCAGCAGCAGCAGCAGAGGCGGCAGCUGCUUCGGCGGCAGCUGCAGCAGCAGCUACGACAGCUCAAGGGGCUAUUCAAGGUGUAAUGGUUGGCGGAACGACACCUCAAACUAUCUCAAUUAUCUAUGACCAGAGUGGUAGAAUUAUUCCACAAGAGGGCCAGAGUGUGCAGAUCUUGCCAUGUGCUGAUGGGCAGGUGGUCCAGGCUGUGAUGUCCACGAGGCCUUUGCCCAGCUCUUCUUCAGAGAUGUCUCUUAAAAAUAGUGAAGAUCAGGGAGAUGGUCGGAUUAUGAAGAAACAAAACUCUAUGCCUCGUUUGAGGAAUGGAUCAGAGGAUGAGUCAUGCAAGAGAAUUGCAGAUUGCAGUGUCCAAACUGAUGAUGAAGACACAGAGGAUAAACUCAUGUCUCGUCGCCGUAGAACUAGACGUAUAGCUGACUGCAGUGUUCAGACAGAUGAAGAAGACCAAGGUGAGUGGGACAGUCAACCAAUACGCCGCAGACGUUCAAGAUACUCCAAGCACUCUGAACCAACUGCAGAGACUAAGAGUGAUGCAUCUAAAUCUAGCAUUGCCAUUCAGACCAGUAAUGACUCCUCAUGUCAGACUGAGUCAGACCAGUUGGGUAGAAUCUCUCCAGCCAUUCACAUAACCGUGGCUGAAACAUCAAAGGUUGAACUUCUUCACUACAUAUCUGCUCCAGAAAGAACCCAUAAGGGAGAGAGUUUAGCCUGUCAAACUGAUCCAGAGGCACAAUCCCAAGGAGUUGUUGCUCCUCAGCUUAGUGUUCCUACUACGGUUAGUCCCUAUUCCACUAGUCUGCAAUUAGUUGGUGCCAUGCCAACCAAGUUUGAAAGGAGAAAGCCAGAUCCAUUAGAUAUUGGAUACCAGCAAGCUCAGCAGCAAAAUGAAUCUCCUUUCCGUCAGCCUCCCAAAUCUCCACAAGUGCUGUACUCUCCAGUGUCUCCGUUGUCUCCCCAUCGUAUGUUGGAGACUACCUUUACUUCCAGUGAGAAGCUUAACAAGGCACAUGUGACUCCCCAACAAAAAGCCUUCACUGCAGAGUUACCACAAAGGCAUCAGACUAUUCCGAGGCCCAUAAAAAGUGUUCAGCGGUCCAUGUCAGAUCCUAAGCCUCUCAGUCCAACAUCAGAGGACCCAGCCAAGACCAAGUUCUCCUUAUACCAAAGUCAAACCAGCCCAGCAAGCCAGAUGUCUGCCUUGCAGCAGCAGAAUGCAAUGAUGAGAAAGGUGAAGAGAACUCUCCCCAGUCCCCCUCCAGAUGAGACACCUGUACCGAUUGUAACACAAGCAAUUCCCCAUAUAUAUACUUCUCCCGGAGCAUCCCAGAGGGUUUUGCCACGUCCUGCACAAGGUGCAAUGAAGGCAGGCUUGCUGAGUGAGCUGAAAGCCGUAGAGCAAGAAUCCAGCAAAUUGCGUAAACAGCAGGCAGAGUUAGAGGAAGAGGAAAAGGAGAUUGAUGCUAAGUUACGAUGCUUGGAACUGGGCAUCACUCAGCGCAAGGAAACCAGGUUUAAAGAAAGAGAGAGGCAUGAGUUUGCAUACCUGCGAUGCGUGGGGGAUGCACGUGACUACAUGUCAGACAGUGAGCUGAAUAAUUUGCGACUAGCUGGGGUAGCACCAGGCACCUAUGAAGAAAAUGGAAUGUUGUCACACCCAAGUACAGCACCUCUUAACCAGUUUACUACUGAUUUGAAUACAUCUCAGUACCCUCCUACCUCCUCAUAUGUUCCAUAUCAAUAUCCACAGGCCCAGCCCACACCCACACAACCACCCACUGCAGCCUAUCAGCAGAUUGGCUUUCAGACAACACCAUACCCAACCUCCUCACAGCCCCAACCUGGAACUUUCCUACCUCAUCCUCCUCAACCUUCUUCCUAUCAGACCCCAGGGCCAUACCCGACUCAUAGCUAUGGUCAGCCUACUUAUGAGUCUGAUCUUGGUUUGCAGCAGCCUAGUCACCAAGGAUUCCAACCACCCCCUGCACCUUUACCAGGCCAGACCUUACCUUAUCCUGCACAGAGCAUGUCCUUCCAACCCCACGCAGACAUGCUUUCUGCCCAUCCAAGGCCAAGGCAAACCUCUCUUGCUGAUCUUGAACAGAAGCUACCCACAAACUAUGAAGUUAUCAGUAAUCCUUCAGUUCCAAUAGCAACAUCAGCUCAAGAAACUGGAUUUAGUGGUGUCUAUUCUUCACCCCUGAACAAUGCGUAUGGUCAGUAUCGCCCCUCUGACCAACCUCUGUCUGAACAUAACCCAAGUCCAUCAUCAGGAUAUGUUACAGAUGGUGUCUAUGCAACAAAUCUAGAACAAAAUAUCCCCAGAAAUUACGUAAUGAUUGAUGAUAUCAGUGAACUUACAAAAGAAAACAUGGGGUCCGCUGACAUGUCAAGGUUAAGUUAUGGAAGUGAGAAUGGCCCACGUGGACCAACUUAUGGCAAUGGCUCAGAGAAUUUAUAUGGAAGAACGUCAAAUACUUAUCAAAGUGCAGUAGACAGCCAUGGACAUUCAAGCACCACUGCAAGUGGUGGUACGGGUUAUUAUUAUGAUGACUAUAAGCAUUCAUCCCGUAGCAGUGGGGCAAUGGGAAGCCAAAAACACUCAUCCAAAAAUUUGGCACCUGCUGUUUCGUCCAAAAGUAGAAAACAUAGGAAGCAAGGCAUGGAACAAAAGAUAUCCAAAUUCUCUCCAAUUGAAGAAGCUCGAGAUGUAGAGUCUGAUCUAGCCUCCUACACCAUGACAACAUCAACAGGAGGUAGUUGCACUGUAGUGUCCAGGACUGGCGUGAAAAAGAGUUAUGAUCAACAGAAGUACUACGGAUCAAGAGAGGCUUUGGAAGAGGAUGACCGUCUUUAUGGAUCCGGACGAUCUAGGUCCACAGGUUAUGGCAUGGAUAAAAUUUCCUCCAGAGAUUCAAGUGGUUACCGAAGUAAGUCUUAUGAGAGGGAUGCCAUGGAAAGAUCACAGAGGGGCACACAUGGUCGUAGUGGCCGUCCUUCUAUGCGUACGCAGAACUCAGAGGAAGAGAGCCCCUUGAGUCCUGUUGGAAAGCCCAUGGGAAUCGGUCGUGGCUCUGUGCCAGAUCCCCAUGAUGUACGGAAUCAGUAUGGCUCUAGUCAUUCUUUACCAGAUGUACAGGACCACCAUAUAAGAGAUAUGCCUAAGAGUCAUGUAUAUAAACCAGAUGACCCUUACCUUGCAGAUGACAUGCACUGUGCUGUUUCAGACAGUGAAGCCUAUCAUUUGGGUCAGGAGGAAACAGACUGGUUUGAAAAACCACGUGAACUUCGGUCAGAUCGCUCCAGACACCAUGGGAGUGGAAGUCACUCAUCCUCUGGCAGGAGGAGCAAUGUAAAGCACACUUACCAUGAUUAUGAUGAGCCUCCUGAAGAAGACCUGUGGCCUCAAGAUGAGUACGGACAUCAACGACAUUCCUCUUCGACCUCAUCUAGGGAACACCGUCACCAUGGCAGUAGUUCAGGAAGACACUCUUCUUCCCGUCAUUCUUCAGAUGAUCCCAGGUCAUCUCGUUCUUCAAGAUCACAUCCAAAAGAUCCUUCCACUCGCUCAGACGGCCGUGUCACAUCCUCCUCCACACAGAAAAGAUCCUCCGAUCCACGAUCUGCAAGCCCCAGAGACUCAGGAGACUACUCCCGUGACCCAUCAAGUCACCACCAUGGCUCAAGUGGACAACGGGGGCAGAGGCAACCAGGCUCAUCAAGAAGGCAGGAGCCCUCUUCAGGUUCCAGGCCACAGCAGGGUCUUGGAGAGCAGCAGCCUCAAUCGCAGCAAGGACAGCAGCGAUCUACAGCAGGCCAGCAAAUGUCUGCCAAGCAGACAGGGCCUCAGCCACCUGAAACAGGGCAGCAAGGACAACAACAACUGGGACAAACAACUCGUACACAGCAGCAGCCACCACAGCAACCCGGGCAACAGCCAGCAACCACAAUGGGCGCAACUCAGUCCACAACCACAGCUGCUAGCAUGGUAACAGGUACAACCCAGCAACAAACUAAGCCAGGUCAGGCUCCAGCACAGGCAAGACAACAGCCAGGAGGACCAUCCACUGCCCAGCCAGCUACUGCUAUGGCAAAACCUGACACAGCUGCGCCUGCUCCUGCACCAACUCCUGCAGUUGCUAUUGGAUCAAAAGCAGUACCACAGGCUGCAAAAAUACCCCAGAUUCCUGCCACAGGAAUUGGUUCAAAGGCAGCACCCCGGCCAGGGGGUAUGGGAAGUGCUGCACAGCAGCCUGCCGAAGGUGAAAAUGUUCUUACAAAGAUCCUGCAGGGAGGAGCAGCGGAACAAGCUGGAAAAAUAGGAGAUGCUGUAUCUGCUCUCGGAAAGAAGUUUACUUCAUUUUGGUGAUCAACUGAUAGGAAGUUGGGGUGAGUUGGAGUUAGAACUGGAAAAACCUAUGAAUCUGCUUCUGCAAUUUAACAUCUCUAGCUGGGGGCGGGGUACACCUGAGGACACUGAUGUAUCAUCCACCCUUGAAGUUUCAAGGAAAACAAUAAGACAGAAUUCACAGGCACGGUCUAUCCGAUGAUAUACGUAUAACCACACAAACAUGGAGGCUACAUCUCUUCCAGAGUGAUUCCAUGAUUGCUGUUGAAGAAAUUAUAAUUCCCAAAAUGCCAAACUGCCUGUUCCGUAUCAGGUUUUUCUAGACAGUUAUGUCUUCCCUUACAUGACAUAAUCUGUACUCAGGUGACCCCCCUCUUCUAAAAACAGCAUGAAGAUGUCAGGCAGCUGCCGUUCUUAGCUUUUUGCAGUCCUAAUAAAGACUUCUAUGCCCAGACUCGAAGAGACAGUAGCAGAGAAGAAGAACGACGUCCUUAUGAAGGCUUCAACAAACUCUGUUUAAAAAUGUAUGCUCGAUUUCUAAGAUCUUGACAUUCCAAUAUGGCGAUGAUUGACCCUCUCUUUGAAUGUUUUUGUUUCUUCCUUAACCUUUUUGUCACGUGUGUAAUGAAUGCAAAUGUGUAAUACGUGGACAUGGAAUGCACGAAACAAAAAUAUACAUGUGUACAUAUAUGAGAUAUAUGAUAUCAUAUAUAUAUAUAUAUAUAUAUAUAUAUAUAUAUAUAUAUACAUAUAUAUGAAUCCAUAUCUAGACAACUUUCAGAGUCUCUAAGGGUGAAGCCAUGUGCACCUUGUGUAAAAAGCUGGUUAUUUAAUGUAAAACUAUCGGUCAAGUGCAGAGGUCAGUAAUAUCAAAAUGUUAGCAUAGUCUUGUUUGUCUUUUAUCAACCAUCAAGCCAUUUCUACCCUAUUCCACAUAUUUUAUUUUUAUUUAUUUAUAUAUUUGCUUUAGUUUGUUAUCAGUUUUGCCUAAUUUUCUUUUAAAUUAAGAGCCUUACUAAUAUUUUUUACUUGUAUACCUCACAUAUGUUUUUUUAAAGUUCCAUAUCAUCCUUACUUGAUUUAUUUUGCACAACUGUAUACUGCUGAACAUGUACAUAUCUCUAGUUAACACUGCUAAUGUAAGAUAUUGAUUUGUGUAUUUAUGGAUUUAUAUUUCUGGUAUUUCUUGUUUAUUGUUUGGUUUUAUUAUUUAUACCAUCACAUAUUAUUUUUUCUUGUCAUUAUUGAUAAUCUAAACUGUUUAUAAUAUACAAAGUUGUUUUUCUCCCUGAUGCAAUAGCAUGCUAAUCCAUACAGAGUAUUUUUUUUUUUUUUGCUCAUCCUCAUCACAGACCUGAUUGUCAUACAUAGACAGGUAAAAAUAAGUUUCUACGAACCCCAAUAAAAUACACCAUCACUCUCUCGUGCAUCCAGAAGUUCCCCAAAACACAUUUAUCGGUAUGUAGAUCCACCUAGGAAAUUUUUUUUAACCAAUUUCAAAUGUUCUAUGCAAUAAUCCAUGUAAAACCAUUCCUACUCCAACGUCGCUCACCGAUACUGCGUUACGAUGGGUUCAAAUACGACUAAGGACAGUUUGUAUUUACCUUGUAUGUAUGAAAAUAACAAACUAACUUUCUUUUUAUUUCAAUGGCAUGUUUAUGAAAGCCCUCGUCUUCCCUAGUUUUCAGGGAAUCUGUUGCCAAAGGGUUUACUGUGUGGACUGUUGGUCUUGAGCAUCCACCAUCUCUGUUGCUUGCAGCAUGAUUCUGCUCAGCUCUCUUUGGCUCUUUGUAGUGCUGUUAUUCUGUCUUUGUGUCUGCAGUUUGAUCAGGUGACAAGUCGGGCACACAGCUUAUGCACUCGUUAUUUCGUCUCCUUCAGCAGGAAAUGCCGUUUUACAUCCGUGUUCGGCUGCAAAUGUUAUUGUGUCCACACUGAAUUCACAUCAAGUUCACAUGAAUUCACAUCAAGCAGGUCUUUGUGCAUUGUAUAUCUGUGAUGUUUGAGAAAACCGACAGAUGGAAAACAGAAACAGAAAACGACGAGAUCUUAAAGAUCUUAAUUUGACAAUGUUUUCACAGUCAAACGUAUGCUUUGGAGAAGAUUUAAGUAAGCAGACUUGCUGUAAACGUGGUCAUUGCACAGUAUGUAGCAUAUCCAUGCCAUUUAUAUGAAAAUCAGGGCAUGCACAUGGAAAGCACAAACUGUCCAUCACCAUUCGAGUCAGGUAGCGUGCACUCGUUUGAAUGUGUCACGAGGUGCGAUGGUUAGAGGUGAAUCUUUUCCUUUUGAUACUGGAAUGCUGUUUAGGCAAUCAUGACUAUACUGAAGAAGAAUAAUAACUCUUCUACAUCACCAUGGAGAUAUUCAAUAACAAGUGCAUGAGCCAAAGUUGCCACCACAAAAGCCGGCCACAGUGAUAGAUAGAAAUACUCCAACAUGGACAUAUUCACACAAACAGGCAUGUGCACACAGACACACACACACACACACAGUUAUCCACACACAGACAAACUGUUGCUGUAAAUACUGACUUUGGUUAUUUUGUACAGUGUUUAAAUAUCAUGAGUAAAAUGAUGGCCGUCUUGUGCAACUUCACGCCGGCCUUGCUGCCAACCUUUUGUGCUUUUGUGUAUAAAAGAAUAAUGAUGAUUGUUGUUAUUAUUAUUAUGAGAAAAAUAUAUCAUAGUAUAUGUUGCUGGCUCUCAAUGACUGUUGACUUACAAUCUGAAAACAUUUGGUCUGUGUAGGGAUUGUAUACAUAUUGUGUUUAUUACAUCUAAAUACAAUGAAAAUAUGUAAGUGGCUUCCAUCAUGACCGUGCCAGAAAAAAGGGUUUAGAGUGAUUUAGCGGAUGUGUUAUAAAUUCAUUCGGGAAUUGGGAAAAACAACAUGAAAAAAAGAAGCAAAAUGCUCUCGCGAAUGAAAUUUCACUCACUGUUGUACUGUAAGUGCAAUGGGCUAAAUGUGAGUCCAGUAUUCAUUGUGAAAUAUUGUGUUCUUUUCAAUGUAUUCCUGUUAAAAAGAAAAAUUUUGGUGCAUCAUGUCAUGUAAUGUGAUUAUGAAAAUAAUGAAUCUGCAAUUUGUUUCCAGACUGGAAAAGAAUAAAGACAAAUACAUAAAACUGA